GAAGUGCGGCAAAGGGAAACCAGAAGUGCGGCUCGGAGCGGCCGGAAGUGCGGUGGGUGAGGCACCAGCGGGCGGAGCUCGGCAGAUCCCCGCUGCGGGUUUGGGCUCCCGCUCGCGCCCCUUCCCACACGCGCACCGGGCGCCGUCCCCGCGCCCCCACCGCCAUGUUCUUCACCUGCGGCCCCAACGAGGCCAUGGUGGUGUCGGGGUUCUGCCGCAGCCCCCCCGUGAUGGUGGCGGGCGGACGGGUGUUGGUGGUGCCGUGUCUGCAGCAGAUCCAGCGCAUCUCCCUGAACACGCUGACCCUCAACGUGCGGAGCGAGAAGGUUUACACCCGCCACGGGGUCCCCAUCUCCGUCACCGGCAUUGCCCAGGUGAAGAUCCAGGGGCAGAACAAGGAGAUGCUGGCGGCCGCCUGCCAGAUGUUCCUGGGCAAAUCGGAGAGUGAGAUCGCCCAGAUCGCCCUCGAGACCCUGGAGGGCCACCAGCGGGCCAUCAUGGCCCACAUGACAGUGGAGGAGAUCUACAAGGACCGGCAGAAGUUUUCGGAGCAGGUUUUCAACGUGGCGUCGUCUGACCUGGUCAACAUGGGCAUCAGCGUCGUCAGCUACACCCUCAAGGACAUCCACGACGACCAGGACUACCUGCACUCCCUUGGGAAGGGCCGCACAGCGGAGGUGCAGCGCGACGCCCGCGUGGGGGAGGCGGAGGCGAAACGGGACGCAGGGAUCCGCGAGGCCCGUGCCCGGCAGGAGCAGCUCUCAGCCCAGCUGCUGAGCGAGACGGCGAUGGCGCAGGCGCAGCGCGACUUCCAGCUGCAGCAGGCGCAGUGCGACGCCGCCGUCAGCGCCCGCAAAGCCCAGGCGGACCUGGCCUAUCAGCUGCAGGUGGCGAAGACGAAGCAGCAGAUCGAGGAGCAGCGGGCGCAGGUGCUGGUGGUGGAGCGGGCGCAGCAGGCGCAGCUGCAGGAGCACGAGAUCGGGCGGCGCGAGAGGGAGCUGGAGGCCACCGUCAGGAAACCCGCCGAGGCCGAGCGCUUCCGCAUGGAGCGCCUGGCCGAGGCCGAGAGGCUGCAGCUGAUGACUCAGGCGGAGGCCGAAGCCGAGGCCAUGCGGGUGACCGGAGCUGCCCGGGCUGCCGCGGUGUCGGCGCGGGCGCGGGCGGAGGCGGCGCAGGCGGAGGCGAAGGCGGCGGCGUUCGCUCAGUUCCGUGAGGCCGCCGUGGUGGAUCUGGUGCUGCAGCGGCUGCCGCAGGUGGCGGAGGCGGUGGCGCAGCCGCUGCUGGGGACGCGCCGGGUGACGGUGGUGUCCGGAGGCUCCGGGGACAUCGGCGUGGGGAGGCUGCCAGCAGAGAUCCUGGAUGUGGUCACAAAGCUGCCCGGCGCCGUGGAAGCGCUGACGGGGGUCAGCAUCACUCAGGCGGCACAGCAGAAGCCGGACUGCGUGGCCUGAGCUGAUGCUGC